UUUGUGAAGGAUCCAAUCAUGAGCCCCUUAAAGGCGUUACCUUACCUAACGAUUGGUUUAAGCGGGUGAAGACCACCCCCUCCGGCUCCGCGCUCGCCUUCGCUUUUACCUGUCAAGAAGCAUAUCGAAGGAGUGUCUUGUUAAGGGUAGCAACUGUAAUUUCCAGGCAUACUGACUCAUGUCGUUAGGAAUGCUUUUUCAGAUUUCAGGCACAGAAAUUCUGGCAGAACAAACUGACUGGGAUGAAGUAAAUCGAUUACUAAAGCUGCAUGGGUUUAAGCCAGUUCAUUUGACAAAGAUAACAGAACACCAAGAUGGAUUUGUUCUAGAUAAAAAAUGUAACACAGAAAUAACAUCGAUAUUGAAGACUGUGUUAAAGAACACUGAACGACAAGAAAAACUGAUUCAAGAACUAAUACAGUCCAAUAUUCAACUGAAAAAUGACGUUCAACAACAGAUGAAUCGUGCUGCUCGACAGUCACAACGUGCAUCUGAUCUAGAAAAAAUGCAGGAUGGAGUGAAGGCCAAGAUUCAGGAUUUGGAGGAUAGUUAUAUUGCCAAGGCUGCUGAACACCAGAAAACUGUGCAACAGUUACAAAGAGAGAAGUCUGAAGCACAGAAACGUUGUGAACUUCUUGAAGAAAAACUUUCUGAAAAUGGAAAUGUUAUUUCUCAGCUGCAAAAACAAUUGAAUGUUGCAUUAAAUGAAGACGACAAACGAAUUGCCAGACAAAACAGAAUUUUUGAACAGUUUCACAAGAGGGCAGCAAGAUCACAUUCUGUAGCAGAUCAACAGCUGCUUGAUGUGAUUGAUGCUUAUGAAUCAAAGAUCCAUCAUCAGCAAGUUGACCUGAGUAAAUGGAUGGAAAAAGCAGGUGGCAGAAAUGAGAGAGUACAGUAUGAGAUUUCCAGUACUAUAUAUAAUGAAGGCAACAAGAAAUUGGCAGAUGGUACUUCAAGUUAUAAAACGAUUCUUAAGUCCUAUCAGGAUCAGUUAACAGAAUGUAAAGCUCAGAAGGAGCAACUAAAACAAGAAAAUUUGAGUUUAAAAAAGGACCUGCAGUCACGACCAACUGCGACUGAAUUGAAGUUGUGCAAGCAGCAGCUGAAAAGACUAGAACGGCAUAUUACUCAGAGUAACAUCGGGCCAAAGGAGAAUAAAAAAGGAGAAAACAAGAAAAUAUCUGAAAAUAAUGAAUAUUUGCUGGAAAGUGAAUACCCGAUCAUUUUAAAGGAGUUGGGGAUUCAGGAUUUAAAUGAUCUUACUCAGUUUACAAAACUACAAAGACAACAGCUGGAAAACUAUAAACAACUUGUAAAGGUGCUUAAUGGGAUUAAGGCCAUUGUAUAUAGGAAUGGAGUCUCAUUUGAGUCGCAGAAGGAGUCCAAUCUUCAGGCCGUUGAGAAUGCCGAUUAUGGUGAUCUCCUUCCAACUAUAGAACUCUGGGCUGAGCAGCUGGCAGGUUUGAAGCAACUGCAACAUGCACUGCAAAAGUUACUGGUUAGAUUGGAUCCCUACGAUUCAAUCAAAAGAAUAUUUGACGAAAAUGAUGGGGUGAAGGUUGAAGAACUGCUGCAUACUGUGGAAAUGAUGUUACAAGUAACUGAAGAAGAAGAAAUAAACUCAAAUGUCAUUGGAAAGCCUUCUCAACCAACUCUUCUAGCAAUUGUUUCCCAUUUUCAGAAACUGUUUGAUGUGAAAUCUAUCAGCGGUGUUUAUCCCAGAAUGAAUGAAGUAUACACAAAGCUGGGAGAGAUGACAAAUACAAUGAGAAAUCUACAAGAGCUUUUUGACUUGGAUGAUUCUGCUUCUCCAAGCACGUUGGUGCAUUUAGUCGAGAAGCUGUGCUGCUUACUCAGCGACAGAACUGUGCAUCAAGUACAGCAACUUCUGGGCACGCUGGACAUCGAGAGUAUUAUCAGAAAGUUAGAAGAACAUGAAGAAUUUUUCCCAGCAUUUCAUGACCUAAUCCAAGAACUGCUACACGUACUAGGAGUUCAUCACCUGGAUGAUAUUCUGCCAACAGUUAUGUCCCUAAAGCGCCUAACAGAAUAAAAACUGAAGAUUUUUUUUUUCUUGUAAUAUUUGUAAUCAACUCAAACCCUGCAACAAAAACUAUUUUUUUAAAUAAAUUGACUAAAUACA